GGAAGACAUUCUUCCUGAAUGCUGAGAUUUCUUUCUCUGGCCGCACAGACUGUGAGAAGGUGUCCUGCUCCACAUCCUGCGGUGGACAGCCCUAACUCCUUGAUAUGCCAGCAUUAGCACUCUACACUAAGGGCACCCGGGUGUGGAUCCCAGAUCCAGAGGAGGUGUGGAUUCCAGCAAAACUAAGCCAGGACUUCAAAGAUGGAGACAACAGCCUUCUCCUCCAGCUGGGCAGCGGAAUGGAGUUGCAUUAUUCCAUUGGGAAUGGUUUGCCCCCACUGCGGAAUCCGGACAUCUUGGAAGGGGAGAAUGACCUUACUGCCCUUAGCUACCUACAUGAGCCAGCUGUGCUGCACAACCUCCACAUCCGCUUCUUGGAAAGCAAUAGCAUCUACACGUACUGCGGUAUCGUUUUGGUUGCAAUCAAUCCAUAUGAGUCAUUGCCCAUCUAUGGUGAGGAGGUCAUUGAUGCCUACAGUGGACAGAAUGUGGCAGACAUGGACCCACACAUCUUCUCAGUGGCUGAAGAGGCUUAUCGACAGAUGACACGGGAACAACAAAACCAGUCCAUUAUUGUGAGUGGUGAGUCUGGUGCUGGGAAGACAGUCACAGCCAAAUUCGCUAUGCGCUACUUUGCCACGGUUGGGGGAACUGCACAGGAGUCGAGUGUAGAAGACAGGGUGCUGGCAACCUGUCCCAUCAUGGAGGCAAUUGGCAAUGCCAAGACAACUCGCAAUGACAACAGCAGCCGCUUUGGGAAGUACAUUGAGAUUGACUUUGGGCCCCGGGGUGACAUUGUUGGAGCCAGCAUGAGGACCUACCUGCUGGAGAAGUCCAGAGUCAUCUUUCAGGCCCCUGAGGAAAGAAAUUAUCACAUCUUCUACCAGAUGUGUGCCGCCAGACACCUCCCAGAGUUCAGCAUGCUCGGACUGCGGCCUGCAGAUGAAUUUCACUACACCAACCAGGGUGGCAGAGUGGACAUCCCAGGGGUGGACGAUGCUUCAGAAUUGGAGCUGGUCAGGAAUUCACUCUCUCUGCUGGGAGUGCGUCCAGCCCAGCAGGCAUCACUCUUUCAGAUUCUUGCAGGAAUUUUGUAUCUUGGAAAUGUAGACAUCAGAAGUAACAGUCGAGAUGCCGAACGAUCCACCAUCAACCCUGCCGACAACUCCCUGCAUGCCUUCUCCCAGCUUCUAGGGGUGGAACAAACCCAGAUGGCACACUGGUUGUGCCACAGAAAGCUACAGGUAGCUGGAGAGACCCUGGUGAAGCCCAUUGGGUUCCAGCAAGCCUGUGAGGCCCGUGAUGCUCUCGCCAAGCACAUCUAUGACCGGUUGUUUGCCUGGACGGUGGAGCGGCUCAACAGAGCAUUGCAGACACAGCACAGGCAAACCCAGAGCUUCAUUGGGGUCCUUGACAUCUAUGGCUUUGAGAUGUUCCAGAUAAACAGCUUUGAACAGUUCUGCAUCAACUAUGCCAAUGAGAAGCUCCAGCAGCAGUUCACCCAGCAUGUGUUCAAACUGGAACAGGAGGAAUAUCUAAGGGAGGGCAUCACUUGGAACCGAAUCGACUUCCGGGACAACCAGCCCUGCAUUGAACUUAUUGAGGGCAAACUGGGAAUUCUGGAGCUUUUGGAUGAAGAGUGCAAAAUGCCUAAGGGCUCUGAUGCCAGUUGGGCACAAAAGCUGUAUGAGCACCAUGUCAACCACAGCCAGCAUUUCCAAAAGCCCCGUCUGUCCAACUCUGCCUUCCUCAUCCUCCACUUUGCGGAUAUGGUGGAGUACCAGUGUGAAGGUUUCUUAGAGAAGAAUCGGGACACCAUGUUUGAAGAGCCCAUCAACAUUCUCCGUGCCAGCAAAUCAGAAUUUGUGGCAGAGCUGUUUCCAGAUGAGGUUCCCAGAGAAUUCUCCUUCCUUCCUAGUGCCAAGUCUAUACUGCCAACAAGGAACCAACUCUCCUCUAGGAAGGCUGUCCGAGAGCACAAGCACACCGUGAGCUUUCAGUUCCGCCAGUCUCUGCACCUGCUGAUGAACACCCUGAAUCUGACAACCCCACAUUAUAUCCGCUGCAUUAAACCCAAUGACCUGAAGAAGUCCUUCUUAUUUGACCCAAAACGUGUGGUCCAGCAGCUUCGAGCUUGUGGAAUUCUGGAGACCAUAUGGAUCAGUGCUGCAGGGUACCCAUCCAGGUGGACCUACCUAGAAUUCUACAGCAGAUAUUGGCCCCUGUUCCGACGGGAGGACUUGUCUCUGAAGGACCCGCAGUCUGCAUGUCGAAACCUCUUGGGAGCACUCAUUCUAGAUUCAGAUCUUUAUCAGUUUGGAAAAUCAAAAAUUUUCUUCAGGGCAGGCCAGGUGGCAUACCUGGAGAGGCUGAGGGCUGAGCGGUUAUGUGCAGCCUGCAUUCUGAUCCAGGCGUGGGUGCGUGGGCAGCUGGUAAGAAAGAGGUACCAGAGGACACGUAAGGCUGCCAUGACACUGCAGACGUACUGCCGGGGUUUCUUGGCCAGAAGGCUAGCACAAAUUCUCCGAUGGACACGGGCAGCUUUGGUGAUACAGAAGAACUGUAGGAUGGUUCAAGUGCGCAGACCUUAUCUUUUGAUACGAGCAGCCACAACAACCCUGCAGGCCUACACUCGAGGGGCACUGGCUCGACGGAUGGCUUGGCAGCUCCGAAUGGAAAAAAUGGCCACCAUCCUGACAGCCUAUGUGCGUGGUUGGCUGGCAAGGCGAUGGUUCCAGCGCAUCCGUAGUGCUGUCAUUUACCUUCAGUGCUGCUGCCGGCGGAUGUGGGCACGCAGAGAACUGCGGCAACUUCGGAUUGAAGCCCGUUCUGUGGAGAGAUACAGGGAGCUGAACAGAGGCAUGGAGGUGAAGCUCAUGCAACUCCAACUCAAGGCAGAUGAACAGGCCCGUGAGAACAAGGCAUUGAAGGAUCAGCUGCAAAUGGAAAAGACAAUUCACUGCAAGGAGGUGGAACGCCUGCAGGGGGAGCUUUCACGACUCCAAGUUGAUCAGCAAGCGGAGGGUGUGAGUGAGGGGCAGGCUGAGGAGCUGGCAGCACUGAGAAGUAUGGUGACACAAGAGCGGGAGGAGCGGCGGGCGACAGAAGAAAGACACGGUGCAGACAUCGCCAGACUAUCUGAGGCCAUGAAAUCCCUUGAGCUGGAGAAAUGUGCACUUAUUCAAGAAAAGGAGGAUCUGCAUAGUCAUUUGGUGAAAAUGGAGCAGGAAAUGGAAGAUAAGAUCAAUCAACAGGUGACGCUGGAGAAGACAAGCCUUAGCCUGGAACUGGAGGAGGAGCGGAGACGCUAUCAGGGUCUGCUGAAGGAGUUUUCGCGGUUGGAGCAGCGAUAUGAGAACCUCAAGGAGGAGAUGGCUUUUAGUGAGCGUGUCCUGGGACAUCGUAGAACCCCAUCCUCAAUGAGCCUGAAUCUUGACCACAUUCCUGAGACCACUGGAGUUGGUAGUAGCCUACAGGAGCCAAAGCGCAAGAUUAGCAUGGUGAAUGCAUCUGAGGUGAAUGACAGGCGUGAUAGCAGAGUUGGAUCGCUCCAUUUCACCGCAAUGGAUUCUCUCAAGGAGGCAGUGGGCCUGCAGAAGGACGAAGUGAAAGGAUUAAGCGAGGAAGACUUGAGACAUGCCUACGACGCGGUCUGUGUGGCCAACAGGAUACUAGAGGCUCAGCUUGCCUCCCAACGUAGUACCUGGGACUCGGAGAUAAACAGCUGGCGACUGCAAGUUCAAGUUCUUCGGGAGGAGAUGGACAGGCAGAGCCAGGCCCAUGCACGUCUGCUCCAGCUGCCCCCUGGUGAACAGCUUCAUCGAGGGCUACAGGAUCAACUUACAUGGCUCACUGCAGACAACCUAGAUCUGCUAGAGCAGCUGGAGAGUCAGGAGCAGGUGGCCCGUAAGCUGAGGAGGGAGCUGAACCUGUUGAGGAGUGUGCAGAGGCGUGACCUCAAACCAGGUAUGGUGAAAUCUGAGGGCAUCAUGCCUCACAAAGCUGUGGAGCUCCAAGGGCUGCUGAGCUGUCAAAAGAAGGAUGAGACACAGCUGCUCAAGAACCUGGUGACAAAUUUGUGUCUGGACACGAUACGGGCUGAGACUCCUGGAUUGCCUGCACACAUCCUGUUCUUAUGCAUGAGACAUGCUGAUGCUUGUGGAGAAGAGGUUCGGGCGCAAGCUUUUUGCUUUGCUGCUGUGACUGCCAUUAAAGGCACUCUUAAGAAACACCCUGACGAUGUGGAGAUAACAAGUUUCUGGCUCUCCAAUGCCAUCCUCCUGCUUAAUCUUCUUCGACACUUCAGCUCCAAGGUGGCUGCCAGUGGAAACAUCAAUGAGGAAGGCCUCCUGAGUGGUGACUUCAGUGACCAAUGCAAAGCCUUGGCCGAUCUGAUUAUCCAAGCCUACCAGCAGCUGAUCCGGAUUUCAGAGAGCCGACUGCACCCCAUGAUUGUACCAGCCAUGCUGGAAUGUGAGGCCAUCCCUGGUUUAUUAGGCAGUUCCAAGGGUUCUGGAUUCCGCAGGCGGAUGUCAAGUAGCACCACAGUGGAUGAGGCGUCCAGCCACAACAUGGAUUUGAUGCUUCAGGAGCUGAGUAGCUUGCAUGCCAACCUGAGUGCCUGGGCACUACCUUUAGAGAUUUGUCGCCAAGCCUUCCGGCAAUUCAGCUACAUGAUUGCAACUUUGACACUUAACAACAUGCUGCUCCGGCGGGACAUGUGCAGUUGGAGCAAGGGACUUCAGAUCCGGUACAACAUUAGUCAACUCGAGGAUUGGCUUCGAGGCCGGUCACUUCAUCUAGGGGGAACUUUAGAGACUCUUGAGCCUUUGAUCCAGGCGGCACAGCUCCUGCAGGUCAGCAAGCGGUCAGAGAGUGAUGCUGAGUCUAUCGUGCAGACCUGCACGGCCUUGUCUGCUCACCAGAUUGUUAAGAUCCUAAGUCUAUACUCUCCACUCAAUGACUACGAGGAGCGAGUCACCCUGAAAUUCAUCCACAAUGUUCAGAGUUUGUUGAAGAAUCGUUCAGAAGGGGAGUCCCGGCAGCACCUUCUGAUGGAUGUGAAGCACACCUUCCCAGUGACUUUCCCUUAUUUCCCACCCUCCCAUGUCCGCUCAGAAAAUCUUCACAUACCAGAAAACUUAAAGUUGUCUUUUCUUCAGCGUGUGUGACAUGCUGGGCUCUGAUGUCCACCUUAGUGCCCAAUGGUUUACCAGCUGUUGUUUUCACUUGAACACUUUUUGUCAAAAAGUCCACUGCCAAACCAAACAACUCAUUUUUCUAAUUCUUAGUAAAUAAAAGGUAAGCUGAAUAAUGAGAACUGCAGUGUCACAAUAGUGAUGGCCACCAUCAUCCUCACUCUAAAAAGCUGCAACAUGGAAGCACACUAGGAUUAUGAUGACACCCAGACUACUUCCUUCUUUCAUCAAUGUUUGGCCAGAUGUGGAACGUUGCCAGUUGUAGCAUGUUUGGUCAUUGUCCAUGUAACUUAAGUUGAUGUCACAUUACUUGACUGCUAGUCAGAGGUGACGUGAAACU